AUGGAGGAGAGAUGGUAUGGAGGAGAGAGGGAGGGGGAGAGAGGGUAUGGAGGAGAGAUGGUAUGGAGGAGAGAUGGUAUGGAGGAGAGAUGGUAUGGGGGAGAGAUGGUAUGGAGGAGAGAGGGUAUGGGGGAGAGAUGGUAUGGAGGAAUUGGGGUGAUAAAUGAGAAGGGGGGCUUACUACAGGUUGCGGAGGGACCUACUUGUUUUUGGGAGAGAAUGACUGUGAGAAUGUUCUGGUGACUUUUGAAAAGUGCAUUCUACUCCAAAAUGAAUGAAAAAUAUAAUGAUGGUGACAACUAAAAUACACCCCCCCCCCCCCCCCCCCCCCCCCCCCCCCCCCCCCCCCCCCCUUCCAGACAUGAGCCCAAUAACAUAUUGGUCAUAUUAUCAGACAGGUAUUCUAUUUAGCAAUAAGCAUUAUCGCCUGAUGUAGCCUAGUGGCUAGAAGUAAAUAGGCUGUGGUUUGCUAUCUGCAUGUACCCCGUUGGGCUAAUCGUUAGCUGGGCUAAUCGUUAGCUAGACCAACUCUAAACACUCGGCUAGCUGGUUGCUAGUUAGCAACGUAUUAAAGACUCCCCCGAAGAUGUUCCAACCAAGGAUCAUGCAGUGUGAAUAUAACGUAGGCCUAGCUGUUACACCUGACGUGUUACAUUUAGCCCCGGUCUUCCCUGUGCGUUCAGCGCCAUCGCACAUAAACCACGCUGCUGCUAAAAAAAAAAACUCUGGUUCUAAAAUGGUGCAUUUGACUAAUUUCUUGGAUUUGAGAAAUAAGUGUAGCCUGGUAACACUAGAAAGCUCAGUGAUCCUCUUGUUUUUUAUUUUUUAUGGUGGCCAUGAAAACUGAUUUCAAGGGAGUGUUGAUGACUGGGAAUGAAUAUUUCUCUACCUGUGUGGCACUUUAAUUUGAAUGCUCCUUCGAGAGGAAUAUUAUUUUCUCGCGUAGAGUGCGACAAGCUGAACAAUUGAAUGGGUAAACUAUUCUACUGUGGGGUUGUUGGAUUUUGCUGUUGAUUACUCGUGUUUGCUCUGAAAAUUCACAUAACCAAAAGGUACCGGGGUCUCGGCUCUCAUUUGGAUCAUAGGUGCCGGGUCUUGGACCCCAGCGGCACCCAGCCCAAUUUAACUCCUGCUAACAGUCUUUUACCCAAUCACAGCAAACUACUCACAUUCCAUCCAAUCACGUCGUCCAGUGCUUGACAUCUGACCUCCGACCUCUAUGCUGCAGGUAUGAGCAGAGCGAGUGGGGAUGGAAGGAGAGGGAAAAGAGAGAUGAGAUGAAGGACGAGAGGGCGUGGUAUCUGCUGGCUCGAGACACAGAUUCCUCCCCCGUGGCCUUCUCUCACUUCCGAUUCGACGUCGAGUGCGGGGAGGAGGUGCUAUACUGGUAAGGGGUUGUCAUGGUGUGCUUUUACAGGAACUGACAGUUACUAUAGCCACAGAUAGAACAAUGAGCCAGAUAUUUCUCUGGAUGUAUAAAUGUGAAGCGUCCGGUUGGCGUUUCCACUCACUACCAAAUAUGGUGAUGAGAGGAAGCCAAGUGGGAGAAGAUGGAGCGAGAGACGGAUUUUGGCCGACAUUCUGCACAUUUUCUCAUCGUUGAAAAGUUUGCUCCAAAACUAUAAUCUGUUAAAGAACGGAGUGGGCGAAGUUUUGUAGACUUUACCCUUUGCCAAAGUUUCUAAAAAAUUGCAUUCUUUAGGAGUGCAAGAGUGAAAUGAGUUAUUGCACACGUGCACGUAAGAGUAGGCGUUCCCUAAUGGAAAUAUGCAAAUGUAUGCCAGAUUGCUCCAAUAGGAUCUCACUAGCUCGUGCUUGGUUCUGCCCACCUCCUUACUUGUUCUGCCCACUAUGAUUAAUUUGCUCCCCAUUGGAAACGACUGGCUCUGGUCUAUCUUGGGUUAUUUAUUAACAUCUUUGCUAUAGCUAGUAGUAUUGAAAUUGAUUAUCGUAUAGUACAGGUUUUUUUUUUUUAAGUAGUAGAAAUAGUAAGUUUCCUUGUCUGAGCCAUAGGGCAGGAGCCUAUCUCCUGUUUCUGUAGUGUAUGAGGCAGCUUGUUGUACAAGUACUCCCCCUGAGCAGGACACUAGUCUGUUGCAGGGCCUUAUGCUGCGGCCAUCUUGUAAAUUUGUAAAUACGAGCACACGACUGGGAAGAAUCCACUUGGAACGCCCCUCCCGACUGUUAAUUACUUGUGGGGAAACUCCUCUAUCGUUCCUUUUUUUAUUUUUUUUGAGUCUUUGAUACGACUUAACAGGGGAAUGAACCCAGACAGUGUUAUUGUGGUUGUUGAUGUGUUGUUGUUGUUGUUGUUGUUUGUAGUUAUGAGGUCCAGCUGGAGAGUAGAGUGAGGAGGAAAGGACUGGGAAAGUUCCUCAUCCAGAUACUGCAGCUCAUCGCCAACAGGUACAUGUUAUAUACACUGAACCAGAUACUGCAGCUCAUCGCCAACAGGUACAUGUUAUAUACACUGAACCAGAUACUGCAGCUCAUCGCCAACAGGUACAUGUUAUAUACACUGAACCAGAUACUGCAGCUCAUCGCCAACAGGUACAUGUUAUAUACACUGAACCAGAUACUGCAGCACAUCGCCAACAGGUACAUGUUAUAUACACUGAACCAGAUACUGCAGCACAUCGCCAACAGGUACAUGUUAUAUACACUGAACCAGAUACUGCAGCACAUCGCCAACAGGUACAGUGAGGGAAAAAAGUAUUUGAUCCCCUGCUGAUUUUGUACGUUUGCCCACUGACAAAGACAUGAUCAGUCUAUAAUUUGAAUGGUAGGUUUAUUUGAACAGUGAGAGACAGAAUAACAACAAAAAAAUCCAGAAAAACGCAUGUCAAAAAUGUUAUAAAUUGAUUUGCAUUUUAAUGAGGGAAAUAAGUAUUUGACCCCCUCUCAAUCAGAAAGAUUUCUGGCUCCCAGGUGUCUUUUAUACAGGUACCGAGCUGAGAUUAGGAGCACACUCUUAAAGGGAGUGCUCCUAAUCUCAGUUUGUUACCUGUAUUAAAGACACCUGUCCACAGAAGCAAUCAAUCAAUCAGAUUCCAAACUCUCCACCAUGGCCAAGACCAAAGAGCUCUCCAAGGAUGUCAGGGACAAGAUUGUAGACCUACACAAGGCUGGAAUGGGCUACAAGACCAUCGCCAAGCAGCUUGGUGAGAAGGUGACAACAGUUGGUGCGAUUAUUCGCAAAUGGAAGAAACAUAAAAUAACUGUCAAUCUCCCUCGGCCUGGGGCUCCAUGCAAGAUCUCACCUCGUGGAGUUGCAAUGAUUAUGAGAACGGUGAGGAAUCAGCCCAGAACUACACGGGAGGAUCUUGUCAAUGAUCUCAAGGCAGCUGGGACCAUAGUCACCAAGAAAACAAUUGGUAUCACACUACGCCGUGAAGGACUGAAAUCCUGCAGCGCCCGCAAGGUCCCCCUGCUCAAGAAAGCACAUAUACAUGCCCGUCUGAAGUUUGCCAAUGAACAUCUGAAUGAUUCAGAGGAGAACUGGGUGAAAGUGUUGUGGUCAGAUGAGACCAAAAUGGAGCUCUUUGGCAUCAACUCAACUCACCGUGUUUGGAGGAGGAGGAAUGCUGCCUAUGACCCCAAGAACACCAUCCCCACCAGCAAACAUGGAGGUGGAAACAUUAUGCUUUGGGGGUGUUUUUCUGCUAAGGGGAGAGGACAACUUCACCGCAUCAAAGGGACGAUGGACGGCGCCAUGUACCGUCAAAUCUUGGGUGAGAACCUCCUUCCCUCAGCCAGGGCAUUGAAAAUGGGUCGUGGAUGGGUAUUCCAGCAUGACAAUGACCCAAAACACAUGGCCAAGGCAACAAAGGAGUGGCUCAAGAAGAAGCACAUUAAGGUCCUGGAGUGGCCUAGCCAGUCUCCAGACCUUAAUCCCAUAGAAAAUCUGUGGAGGGAGCUGAAGGUUCGAGUUGCCAAACAUCAGCCUUGAAACCUUAAUGACUUGGAGAAGAUCUGCAAAGAGGAGUUGGACAAAAUCCCUCCUGAGAUGUGUGCAAACCUGGUGGCUAACUACAAGAAACGUCUGACCUCUGUGAUUGCCAACAAGGGUUUUGCCACCAAGUACUAAGUCAUGUUUUGCAGAGGGGUCAAAUACUUAUUUCCCUCAUUAAAAUGCAAAUUAAUUUAUAACAUUUUUUACAUGCGUUUUUCUGGAUUUUUUUGUUGUUAUUCUGUCUCUCACUGUUCAAAUAAACCUACCAUUUAAAAUUAUAGACUGAUCAUUUCUUUGUCAGUGGGCAAACGUACAAAAUCAGCAGGGGAUCAAAUACUUUUUUCCCUCACUGUACCUGUUAUAUACACUGAACCAGAUACUGCAGCACAUCGCCAACAGGUACAUGUUAUAUACACUGAACCAGAUACUGCAGCGCAUCGCCAACAGGUACAUGUUAUAUACACUGAACCAGAUACUGCAGCACAUCGCCAACAGGUACAUGUUAUAUACACUGAACCAGAUACUGCAGCACAUCGCCAACAGGUACAUGUUAUAUACACUGAACCAGAUACUGCAGCGCAUCGCCAACAGGUACAUGUUAUAUACACUGAACCAGAUACUGCAGCGCAUCGCCAACAGGUACAUGUUAUAUACACUGAACCAGAUACUGCAGCUCAUCGCCAACAGGUACAUGUUAUAUAGUACAUAACAAAAAUAAACGCAACGUGCAACAAUUUAACCGGUUUUUACUGCGUUACAGUUCAUAGAAGGAAAUCAGUCAAUUUAAAUAAAUAAAUUAGGCCCUAAUCUGUGGAUUUCACAUGUUGUGUUCAUAUUUUUGUUCAGUACACUAUCAUACUACAGUGAACAAAAAUAUAAACACAACAUGUAAAGUGUUGGUCCCAUGUUUCAUGAGCUGAAAUAAAAGAUCCAAGAAAUUUUCUAGACGCACCUAAAGCUUAUUUCUCUUAACUUUUUGGCACAAAUGUGUGUACAUCCCUGUUAGUGAGCAUUUCUCCUUUGCCAAGAUCCACCUGACAGGUGUGGCAUAUCAAGACGCUGAUUAAACAGCAUGAUCAUUACACAGGUGCACCUUGUGCUGGGGACAAUAAAAUGCCACAAAAAUGUGCAGUUUUGUCACACAACACAAUGCCACAGAUGUCUCUAGUUUUGAGGGAGUGUGCAAUUGGCAUGCUGACUGCAGGAAUGUCCAACAGAGCCGUUACCAAAUAAUUAAAUGUUCAUUUCUCUACCAUAACCUGCCUCCAACGUUGUUUUAGAGAAUUUGGCAGUACGUCCAACCGGCCUCACAACCCCAGACCACAUGUAAACACGCCAGCCCACAGGACCUCCACAUCCGGCUUCUUCACCUGUGGGAUCGGCUGAGGAGUAUUUCUGUCUGUAAUAAAGCCCUUCUGUGGUGUGAAACUCAUUCUGAUUGGGUGGGCCUGGCUCCCAAGUGGGUGGGCCUAUGCCCUCCAAGGCCCACUUAUGGCCAGUCAUGUGAAAUCCAAAGAUUAGGGCCUAAUGAAUUUAUUUAAAUUGACUGAUUUCCUUUAUAUGAACUGUAACUUAUUUUUGUUCAGUAUAGUUCCUCAUCCAGAUACUGUCGCUCAUCGCCAACAUGUCUAUGUACUGAAUAUCUAUGUUCUAAUAUCUUUGUCCUGAACCAAGUUGCCAUAGCAAUGCUAGAAAGCUCAUAAGCUAUCCCAGAAUGUCUUAAGUUUCUCUGGAAUGCAAAUAUACUGGAGAGAAAAGAGCAGUAGCAACUAGCUAGCCAUCUCAACUAUCCUACCACCUAGCUAACCAUCUCAACUAUCCUACCACCUAGCUAACCAUCUCAACUAUCCUACCACCUAGCUAACCAUCUCAACUAUCCUACCACCUAGCUAGCCAUCUCAACUAUCCUACCACCUAGCUAACCAUCUCAACUAUCCUACCACCUAGCUAGCCAUCUCAACUAUCCUACCACCUAGCUAACCAUCUCAACUAUCCUACCACCUAGCUAACCAUCUCAACUAUCCUACCACCUAGCUAACCAUCUCAACUAUCCUACCACCUAGCUAACCAUCUCAACUAUCCUACCACCUAGCUAACCACACCUAGCUAACCAUCCAACUAUCCUACCACCUAGCUAGCCAUCUCAACUAUCCUACCACCUAGCUAACCAUCUCAACUAUCCUACCACCUAGCUAAUCACCUCAACUAUCCUACCACCUAGCUAACCAUCUCAACUAUCCUACCACCUAGCUAACCAUCUCAACUAUCCUACCACCUAGCUAACCAUCUCAACUAUCCUACCACCUAGCUAACCAUCUCAACUAUCCUACCACCUAGCUAGCCAUCUCAACUAUCCUACCACCUAGCUAACCAUCUCAACUAUCCUACCACCUAGCUAACCACCUCAACUAUCCUACCACCUAGCUAGCCAUCUAAACUCAAACUUGACUCUCUCUCUCUCUCUCUCCCCGGAAACGUAUGUUAACAUUGCCAAAGCAAGUGAAAUAGAUAAUAAACAAAAUAUUAACAGUAAACAUUACACUCACACAAGUUCCAAAAGAAUAAAGACAUUUCAAAUGUCAUAUUAUGUCUAUGUACAGUGUUUUAAUUAUUCUCUCUCUCGCUCUCUCUAGCACACAGAUGAAGAAGGUGAUGUUAACAGUAUUCAAACACAACCGCGGGGCGUACCAGUUCUUCAGAGAAGCUUUACAGUGGGUCUCCAUUGCAGCAUCAACAGCUGCUUCCCAGCAUGUACAAACAUGAUUGUGUUCUUUUAGAAUUCACUGUUGAUACUGUACUCAACCACACUUCCCUUCAUCUUUCCUCUUCCUGUGCUUCUCUCUAUCUUUCCCCUCUCCCAGGUUUGAGAUCGACGACACUUCCCCCAGUAUGUCUGGUUGUUGUGGCGACGACUGCACCUAUGAGAUCCUGUCGCGGCGGACCAAACACGCCGAGGCCCAAGCCGAGGCCCAGGGGCACAGCCACGGGGGAGGGGGGCACUGUGGAGGCUGCUGCCACUGA